CGCGCUUAGUACUGUUUGGCGCUUAUGUACUGUUAGAGGAAGAAAUAUUGCUACGAAAAUAACUUUGUGUUGUUUUGUGUCCGCUGAUCAGUCACUCCUUUUCACUGGAUUACCGUCUUCAAAAUAAUGUCGGAUGAGGAGCUGAAAGUUCCGGACGAGCUGUUUAAAGAUGUCAAAUUCUACGUGGUUGGGGAUAUUGACCAAAAGGUGGUGCAGUUACUCAAGGCAGGUAAGGCGAAGGAGGUCUCCUACAAUGCAUUGGCCACCCAUAUCAUAGCUGAGGACGGGGACAAUCCCGAAGUCGGAGAGUCCCGCGAGGUCUUCGACCUGCCUGUCGUCAAGCCUGCUUGGGUGGUUUUGUCUGUGAGAUGUGGAGACUUGCUUCCAGUGACAGGUUUCUCCCCAGAAUCCGGGCAGGUAUUCUUCGGUGUCACUGCAUGUCUACCCAAGCUGCCAGAGGAUCUGAACACUCUAUGGGCAUUAAUUACUUUCUACGGAGGAGACUGUCAGCUUAAUCUUAACAAGAAGUGCACUCACUUGGUUGUGCCGGAGCCGAAGGGGGAGAAGUAUGAGUGUGCUCUCAAACACUGCGGCAUUAAGAUCGUCACUCCGGAGUGGAUUUUGGAUUCAGUGGCUGAGAAGAGCAGGAAAGAUGAGGCCCCGUACCACCCCCGGUUGACCUAUCAGGAGGAAGAGGAGGAGAGUGAGGAGGAGUAUGACCGUGGUUCUCAGUCGGACGGCAGCUAUGUGGAGCGGCGUUCCCGGCGUUCCAGCCCACCUUUCUCCCGGGACGGUUCCCCGCUGAGCACGACCCGCGGGCCAUCUCCAAAGCUCGAGCGGCGGGAUGAGCUCAUGUUCGACGACUCCUCUGACUCAUCCCCGGAAAAAGAGGAGCGGAACCUGAACUGGACCCCCGCGGAGGUGCCCCAGCCCACCUCCGUGAAGCGGAGGCUACAGGACAGAGACUCGGGCCUCAUCAAUUUGUGUGCCACCGUGCCCCCCUUACCUGGCGUUACACCCCCUGAUGGCAGAGCUGCCAUGCUGAGCACGGGGCAGGGUGCCGCAGCCUUGGAUAGGCCACCCGAUGUCAUGGGGCCCUGGAACCCCACUGCACGGACCCUGAGAAACAUCACCAACAACACCGACAUCCAGCAGGUGCCCAGGCCCUCCAACGUGACCCAGAUUUUACAGAGUCUUUCAGCACCGCCAAAGGUGGAGCAGCAGUCAAAUCAGGGCCAGAUGGGCCACCAGAAUCCUCUUCUGUUCAACCAAGUCAAACCACAGCCCCAGCCCAUCGCAGCAGAAGCCCAGCAGCCUCCGUCACAUGGAAUCCCACAGCCGCUGCAGGUGCAACAGCAGCAGCAUCAGCACUCACAGCACCACCCACUUCUCCACCUCUCGCCGCAGCAGCUCAUGCAGCAGCAGCAACAGCAGCAGGGUCCCCCGCAGGGCUACCUGCAGCAGCAGCAGCAGCAGCAGCACCAGUUCUUGCAGCAACCACAUCAGCAACAAGUGUUCUCGCAGCAGCUGCAACAGCCGCCACAUGCCUUCAUGCAGCAGCAGCAGCAACAGAUUCGUCCGCAGCAAAUGCUUCGGCCCCCACUACAGCCGCAACAGCAUGCAUUACAGCAUCAUGCAUUACAGCAACAUUUGCAGCAGCAGCAGCUUCAACUGCAGUUGCAGCAGCAGCAGCAGCAGCAACAGCAGCAACAACAACAACAUCUGCAGCAAAACCAUCAUCAGCAGCUGCACCACCAGCAGCAGCAGCAUCUACAGCAACAGCAGCAGCACCUGCUGCAGCAGCAACACAUGCAACUGCAGCAGCAGCAACACCAUCUCCAACAACAGCAUCAACAGCAGCAACAUCAGCAUCAGCAACAGCAACAGCACCAGCAGCUCCAAGGCCCUAACUCCCAGCAGCCCCUGCAGCACCAGGGCCCCCUGCAGUCCCUACAGCCUCAGCAGCUGUUCGGCCACGAGCCCGGCUUGGACAUUCCCGAGGACAGCUUCCUGGCUGGCUGCAUCUUCUCCAUCGCCGACUAUCCCGAGCAGAUGGCGGAUAAGCAGCUGCUGGUCACGUGGAAGCGGAUCAUCCAGUCUUAUGCUGGGACUGUGGAUUCGUCCCUGAGCAGCCGCUGUACUCACCUCCUGUGCGAGAGCCAGGUCAGCAAUAUGUACGUCCAGGCUUUGCGAGAGGGGAAGCGGUGUGUCACAGCCCACUGGCUCAACACCAUCCUGAGGAAGAAGAAGAUGGUCCCACCCCACAGGAUGCUGCAUGUGCCGUUCGCAUUCCCACCUGGUGCCAAACCUUGCUCCCAGCAUAUUAUUUCUGUGACCGGUUUCGUGGACACGGACCGGGACGACCUGAAGCUGAUGGCCUAUCUGGCUGGUGCCAGGUACACAGGUUACCUGUGCCGCAGCAACACAGUCCUCAUCUGUAAAGAGGCUAGCGGGCUGAAGUACGAAAAAGCCAAGGAAUGGAGGAUCCCCUGCGUCAAUGCGCAGUGGCUGUGUGACGUCCUCCUGGGCAACUUCGAGGCCCUGCGGCAGAUCCAGCACAGCCGAUAUGCAACGUUCGGACUUCCCGAACCGCUGGCGCCCAGUCCGCACCUGGUGCAGAACCUGCUGGCUGCCUGGAGAAACCCCGUGAAGAUCUCCCCAGAAAUGCUGGUGAGCAUCCGCCUUCAGCACAAGCACAAGCAGACCGAGUCCAGCUCCCAGCCUCCUACCAAGAAGCCCAGGCUUGAGGAGCUGCCCACACCCUUGAAGAAGCUUCCGGCAGAGUCCACCCCGUACGUUUUCUUCACAGGGUUUGAGCCCAUGCAGGUCCAGCUGUAUAUAAAGAAGCUGUAUGAGCUCGGGGGGGAGGUGGCCGAUAGCGCCCAGAAGUGCACCCACCUCAUCGCAGGCAAGGUGACCCGAACCGUCAAAUUCCUAACGGCCAUUUCCAUCGCGAAGCACAUAGUCACGCCUGAGUGGCUGGAGGAAAGCUGGAAAGCCCAGAAAUUUGCCGACGAGCAGAACUUCAUGCUGAGGGACGCCGAGGCGGAGGUGCUGUUCUGCUUCAGCCUGGAGGAGUCGCUGAAGAAGGCGCGCUCGGCCCCUCUGUUCAAGGGGAAGUAUUUCUACAUCACCCCCGGGAUCUGUCCGAGCCUGACCACCAUGAAGGCUAUAGUGGAAUGUGCAGGGGGGAAGGUCCUGGCCAAACAGCCGUCUUUCCGGAAGGUGAUGGAACACAAGCAGAACAAGAGCCUUCCGGAGAUCAUUUUAAUAUCAUGUGAGAAUGACCUCCACCUAUGCAGAGAAUACUUCUUAAAGAACAUCGAUGUCCACAACGCAGAGCUCGUCCUAACGGGGGUUCUGACGCAGACCUUGGACUAUGAUUCAUAUAAAUUCACAUGAUGGAGCCGCCUGUAGACGUGAUUGGGCCUUACAGGCCCCCCCCGUGUGAUCCUCCUCCUCCCACCUCCAGACGGCCGACACUGGAGAAGGCCGAACAGGUUCCUGCUAGUCUGGGCAGUAAUAAUGUACAGCUGCGUGAUACUGGUUAUCAGUCUGCAAUAUUUUAUAUACAGUUACUACUCGGAAUCAAUGUCGUUGCAUUUUUUUUUAAAGAAUUGAGUGAUGACAGUAAAACUUGAACGUAAAAAGAAAAAGCUGUUAUUUUUAAAGACUUUAAAUUAUAGAUCAAAAUAAAUGUUUUUUACUGUAAAGUUCUUAAUUACGUGUUCCUUUUGUUCUCUUUCAUGAUUUUCAAAUAAAACUUUGUGGCUGUCACCAUGUAA